CCGAUACAGUGUGAGUAGUCAAACACAGAACGGAGAUCAUUAAUAAUGUUGCGGUACCUGAUUCCCUUAAUAGCCUGUCUGGUCACAUCAGGAGCCUUUACUGGCAGACAAAUUCGAUCUCCAGGUGGUAGUGGAUGGCAAAGAAGUAGCAGUUUCGGUGGCCUGCCUUCGGUUGGAGCGGCACGUUCUUCUCAAAAUGGGUGGGCCGGCUCCAGUUCCAAUUUCGGCCGUUCAGCUGGCUACGGAAGCUCAGGAUGGCGCGGGACGAUUGCAAGAAGUGGUGGCUUUCCUUCAAGCAAUGGAUGGAUUUCAAAUGGAUAUAAUUCAAGGAACGCAUUCGACGGUAGUGGUUAUAGUUCAGGAGGAGGAUACGACAGUGGUUACGGUGCAAGCGACAGCUGGGGAUCCGGAGGCUAUAGCUCAGGUUGGGACAGUCCAAGCUACAGGACAUCCAAUGGUUGGGGUGGUUUAGAUUCUAAUUUCCGAUCGAAUAAUGGCUGGCAAUCCUCAGGGUGGUAAAACAUUUCAAAACUUAACCUAUUUCGAAUAUCUUUUUUAACCUUCCAUCAAAAAUACAAACUAAUUAAUUUAUGAGAAUUAAAACGGAACCCAAUCGUAGUAUUACUAAAUAAUUUCUCGCAUUUUUGCAUAAAAGAGGACUGAAACAUGAAAAUAUCUAAAUAAAUAUUAAAUAAAUUGUAAAUGCAAGAAUUGCUCUGUAAAUGAGAUAUUAUUCAGUUGGCAGUUUUUGGUUUUUUGAGUGCAAAUGUAGUUAGUAUUAUUGAUCGAAGAUUUCAACUAUGUAUAUUAGGAGACUUCCUUUGGCUGUAUAAACAAUGUAAAUAAAAUAAAAAACAUAUUAUUUUCUUGUUUGCAACUAACACUUGGUAUUAAUUUGUGAGAUCCAUUGCAGGUGCAUUUUAAUUGAAGUUUGUUUUGUAUUACGUUGGUACAUUGAAAGGGCGUUGUUUGAAUGCUUCAAUUUGAUGCAUUAAAAUAAAUUACGAAUACCAUGUAGCAGUAAAGUAAGCAUUUUUCUGCAAAUAUUUAUGAAAUAGUUCGGAUGUUUAUUAAAUUUAAACAGCUGGAGAGAUGGGUGAAUGGAAUUUGGUAUAGAAAAUAUUUUUUAUUUUAACAUAUUGAUAGUGAAGUUCUAACAGUGUGUAAGUCAAAAUUUUUUACCAUAAUAAACCCUACCGGAUU